AACUGUCAUAGUCCGAGUACUCAUAAGGUAGGGUCGACGCCCACCUCCCCCCGAACUGUACUUGCAAGUUUUCACUUAAAAAGCUCUCCACGCCUACUCUCAACAAAAAAAUCGUCAGCGAAAAGCUCGCUUGAUUCGUUACUUCAAGAAUAUGCUUUCAAGGCAUUGGCAUGGCCAAGAACAAAAACUGGUACUGCUUAUGAAGGAUCAGUUCCAUCCAAUUUGACGGGAAUUAAAAUUUCGGCAUUGAUGCUUAGAAGAGAUAGCUUAAAAUGGAGAGGCUAUGGUUACUAUCAUGAAUUUCGUAUUCCGACUGGGGUCACUGAGGAGCCAUAUGUAACAAGGAUUGUUCUUGUCUACCAAAAUCUUGGUAAUUGGUCGUCGUUUUACUAUCCUUUGCCUGGUAAUUAUAUUUAUCUAACGCCAGUUUUGGGUAUUUUGGCUUAUGAUGCGAUGGAUAUGUGUACCAAAAAUAAACUGCAACUGAAAAUUCAUGUAUCGGAAAAUCCUAUAGACAUCAGGUUCAGUAAUGUGCAGCCUGAACCAGAGGGGUCUUUGCUCAAGUGUGUGUAUUUUAACUCGGAUAACUCGAUUGAAUUUGGAAAUGUGACUAAUGGAAAUAUCUGCUCAACUAGAAAACAAGGCCACUUUGUUAUAGUUGCCGAAGUGCCAGUUGCUCCUAGCCCUGCUCCUUCUGCUGAUGGAAAUCAUAAUCAACUCAGCUCUGAAGUGUUGACUAUUUCAUUGGGAUUUCUUGGUUUUGCUUUUUUGGGAGUAUUAUUUGUUGUUGCACAGAAGUAUAUAUUACUGGAAACAAGUCCGAUUUUGGAUGAUUCGGCAGCGAUGAUUGUACCCUUACUGGGGGCAGCUAAUGUGCAAACAGAGGUGCCAAUGCCUGAGGAAGAUAGAUCUUCCUCAGAGAACGAUUAUGCGAUUAGACCGUUGCCGGAGAACGACUAUGUGCCUCAGAUUAAUCCGAAACUUUAGUCAACAAUGUCUAUAUUCAUUUAUUUCCCCGUAAUCAAACCACUUACAGAGGUGCAAGACUUUUUUCUUUUCCUUCUUCUUUUAUAAUUUUAUUAAAGAAGGGAGCCUUGGAGUAAUAGGUAAAAUUAAUAUCAUGUAACUAGCAUGUCACGGGUUCAAACCUUGAAAACAGUUUCUUGCAUAAAUGCAAGAUAAGGCUGUGUACAUAGAUAAUAGACCCUUGUGGUCCGGCCCUUCCCUGAACUCUGCAUAUAGCGAGAGCUUUAUUGCACAGGCCUGCCCUUUUGUAUAAUUUUGUCAGAGGAACAAAUUGACGUGCAUGAUGUAAGAUAUAUUGUUUCUGAGA